UCUUAUGCUGUCAACUGUUUUUCUUUGGAAAGUUGGAGCUGACAACAUUUGCAAUUUACAAUAGAGCAGUAAAGAAUGGGGUCGAAAGAUCCAAGCGAGAAGGCGCGGGUUUGGAGACCCAAGUUUAAGGCCCUACUAUGUUGCUUGCAAUCUCCUUCUCCCAUGGAUUCCAAGCUGCAAGAUUCAGCUUGCAGUUCCACUCAUCAGUCAACGGAUCCCAACAGGAACACGCGGUUAUAUAAGCACGAUGUGUUUCUGAGUUUCAGAGGCACCGACUCCCGCAACAAUUUCAUCGAUCAUCUUUAUCAUAAUCUCAUCAGGAAAGGAGUUUUUGCCUUCAAGGACAACGAGAGGCUUCAGAAAGGGGAAUCUAUCUCUUCUCAGCUUCUGCAAGCCAUCAGAGAUUCCCGCGUUUCUAUCAUUGUCUUCUCACGUGAUUAUGCUGCCUCCACAUGGUGCCUCGAUGAAAUGGCUACCAUAGCUCAAUGCAAGAAAGAGUUCGGACAGAAGGUUUUCUCCGUUUUCUAUGAUGUGGAUCCUUCUGAUGUUCGAAAGCAGAGUGGGGUGUACGGGGAUGCUUUUGCUUCACAUACAAAGAGGUUCCAAAAGGAUCUUAGCAAGAUUAAACGCUGGAAGAGAGCUAUGACGGAUUUGGCCAAUUCUGCUGGAUGGGAUGUUAGAGAUAAGCCAGAAUUCACAGAGAUUGAUAAAAUCAUUCAAAAGGUAAUAAAAGAAUUGGAUCAUAGAUUUUCUGGGUUUGCUGAUGAUCUAGUAGGGAUACAACCAUGUGUAAAAGAAUUAGAACAAGUUCUAAAGAUAAACCCAAAGGACGAAGAUGUUCGAGUUCUUGGAAUCUGGGGAAUGGGUGGAAUAGGAAAGACAACUCUUGCCAGUGUCUUGUAUGACAAAAUCUCUUAUAUGUUUGACGCACAUUGCUUUAUCGAGAAUGUGAGCAAAAGUUAUAGAGAGGGCAGUGCUAUUUCCGUUCAAAGACAAAUUCUUCGUCGAACUCUAGAGGAACAAGAUCUAGAUAAAUAUAGUCCUUCUGAAAUAGCUGGGAUAAUCAGAAAUAGGCUAUCUUCCAGAAAGCUCCUUAUAGUUCUUGAUAAUGUUGAUGAAAGAGAACAAUUAGAUCAAUUGGCUAUAAAUACUAAAUUACUUGGAAGAGGAAGCAGAAUAAUCAUAACGUCCAGGGAUAAACAUAUUCUUGAAAGUUAUGGAAUAGAUGCAAUUCACAACGUUUCCUUAUUGAAUUCUCAAGAUGCUUCAGAACUUUUUUUUAGAAAGGCCUUCAAAAGUGAUCAUCCUAGUAGCAGCACUUGUAUGGAGCUAACUCCCAUCAUACUGGAAUAUGCUCAAGGUCUUCCAUUAGCAAUCAAAGUAGUGGGUUCUUUCUUGGACAAACGGAAUGCUUCCCAAUGGAGGGCUUAUUUAGAAAGAUUGAAGAAAUAUCCGGACAAAAAACUUACAGAUGUGCUUCAAGUAAGUUUUGAAGACCUGCAAAAUGAUGAUAAAGAAAUAUUUUUGCACAUUGCUUGCUUUUUUAGAGGAGACAAGGAAGAUUAUGUAAAGCGAAUUCUAGCUACUUGUGGACUACAACCUAACAUUGGAAUUCCAGUUCUAGAGGAGAGAUCACUCAUAACCAUUAAGAACCAAGAGAUUCAUAUGCAUGACAUGUUACAAGAAUUGGGGAAGAAACUUGUUCGGGAAAGAUAUCCAGAAGAGCCAGCAUUAUGGAGCAGAUUAUGGCGUUGUAGCAAUUUUGAAAAUGCUCUGAUGUCAGCUGAGGCGGGAACAAAUCAUGUCAAAGCCAUAGUCUUAGAUCAGAGAGAGGAGAUGCCCGAGUGCAGUCAGUUGAGGAUCAGAGGAUUGUCAAAAUUGAGGGAUCUUAAAUUGCUUAUAUUAUACCAUAAAAACUUUUUAGGAAGCCUUGAUUUUCUUUCUCCUAAUCUGCAGUAUCUUGCUUGGCAUGGCUAUCCUUUCCCUUCUUUACCAUCGUUUCAGCCUUAUAGUAGGCUUGUUGAACUGAACCUGCCUUAUAGCAAUGUUAAACGACUAUGGGAAGGCAACAAGAAUAUCCCACACUUGGAAAAGGUGGACUUGAGCUACUCAGUGGAUCUCAUAGAGACAUCAAAUUUUGAAUGGAACGCAAAACUUAAGCGACUAGAUUUUACAGGGUGCACAAACCUGAUCCACAUUCAUCCCUCAAUUGGACUUCUUAACCAGCUUGCAUACUUGUGUUUGCAAAACUGUAGCAGUUUGUCCAACCUCAAUCUUGGCGAUGAUUGUAAUUUAAGUUCUCUUAGAGUUCUAUGCCUUUCUGGCUGCACAAACCUUAAUAAGAGUCCAGAUUUCACAGGGCUUUCAAAUCUUGAGUACCUCGAUCUUGAAAAUUGUACAAGUUUAUCCACAGUUCAUGAAUCUAUUGGUGCUCUUGUAAUGUUAAAGUUCUUGAGUUUGAGAGGCUGUAUAAUUAUUUCUAUGCCCAAAGAAGUCAACAAUAUGAUAUCUCUUCAAACCCUAGAUUUAAGCCGCUGUCUACGACUGAGGUAUCCCCUCGGACAGAUUUAUUCAUCUUACCUAGAAUCUUUGAUAUCUCUGGACCUUGGCACAUGCCAUUUUAUAGACAAUAUUCCUGAUUCCAUUGGAGUGUUGACUUGUUUAGAAAGAUUAAACUUGGAGGAAUGUCAGUGUAGUCAUUUACCUGAUACCAUCAAGAAGCUUUCCAGACUGGCAUAUUUGAAUUUGGCGGAUUGCUCAUAUCUUGAAAGAUUGCCUGAGCUCCCAUUUGAUAGUGCACCGUCAGGGGGAAGGUAUUUUCAAACAGUAUCUGCAUCUCGUAACCAUAGGUCGGGAUUGUAUGUUACAACCUACAAUAAGGUUAUGAAAAAAACCUUUAACUAUAUGCCGGCUGCGCUUUCAUGGUUUGCUAGACUUGUUGAGGUAAGUAUUCUCCAUGCUUUCCUAUUCGCUUUUUCACUAAUAUAUCUCAAUUUCCUUUGUUUUAUGUGGAAGCAGCAAUCCUGUCAUUUCCGAUGUGGGUUUGACAUCAUAAUUCCUGAAAAUGAGAGUAGUGGCAUUCCAGGAUGGUAUUUUAAUCAUCAGUUUCAAGGUGGAUCAACUGUAAGGGUAGCGGACUAUGCUGAUGCGGAUGACAACUGGCUUGGAUUUUCAUUUUGUGUUACAUUUGAGCAUGUUAAAAAUGAUUGUGAUUCAUCUGAGCUGCUGCGUCAUUUUUAUCUUUCCUUUGAAAGUGAGCACACGGAAGAAUAUUUUGAUAUGCCUUCUUCAGUUGAAACUGAUCGGGAUAUUGAUGGAACACAUGCUUGGAUAAUCUAUAUCUCUCGGGUGCAUUGCCAUUUUGUGAAAACAGGAGCCCGUAUAAGAUUUAAAUCCUGCAAGGGAAUGAAGUUGCACAAAUGGGGGUUGCGCAUGGUGUUCAAACAAGAUAUAGAGAAACUGAAGAGGAGGUUACAAAGAGUGGAUAAUAAAAAGCAGAGUCCUAUCUCUGAUUCUUCCAGACUGGUCGUCACUGAAUGUGUUGAUGAAGGCGGAAAUAGCAGCUCGGAGUCCAAGAUCAUGCUUCCUUAUAAUUGGUUAGUUACCGACGAAGAAGAAAAUGAGAAGAUGGAGGCAAAGGCCAAAGAAGAUAAUCUCUCAAAUUUGGGCUUUAUAUAGAUACACACAGGCAAUCUUAAAAAUAUACAUCUUCAGCUUCCCCAAGUGUUGCGUAGGUACAAUCUUUAUCGUGUGUCUCGAAUUUUACCGAUCCAAAAGAAAUUUUAACUUGAGUGGACAUGAUGCCUCUGAUCUGAUGUAAUCUGGUUCUUGUAUUUAUGGAAUUCCAAGUUAACUGGAGUGUGAUUCUCUGGCUGUUUUCGCAAUCCUUAGAAAAAGAAACGAGUUUAAAAACCACUCUAAUUCACCCAUCAAGCAGAUAUAUUACUGGAAAAGAAAGUCUUGGAGACUGGAAGUGUUACAUAUCUACCAGGAAGCCAACAGAAGUGCUGAUUUAAUGGCAAAAAUGGACGCAACUCUUCAUCAAUGAUUACAAUUCUGGAAUGACCCUCCUAGAGAGAUCACCAAAGUUAUUGCUGUAGAUAACAUCGGGGCCUACAUUAUUACUAAAAAAAUCCAGGUGGCAAGGCGUGGGUUUGUGACUGCUAUUCAUGCCACUUUAAUUAGUUUAUUGAAUCCAGAUUACUUAGUGCAUGUUUGGACGCUAUUAUUUUAUUAAAAAAAGAUCUUUUUUCAAUG